UCAUAAGUCAUAACUAGCUUUGUCGGUUGGAGAUUUGCGCCAUAUCAAAUAAAAUUUCUUUUUGCAUUUAGAAACUGAGGAAACAGGGGACGCGAUGACCUCAAGGGGGGAGUAAAGUAUCCAGCAUGCCAGUGCCAGCCACCAGCCGGCCGUAACUUCUUCAUCUUACUACCUCGGCCGACGCAAACGAGAACGGGAGGAGGAGGGCCACCACCUCAAUCCAAUCCGCUUGGGGAACAGCCAAAGAGUCACCUUUUGGUCGUGUGCGCUACUUGAUCAGCUGGAAGGAUUCGGAGGAUGGCAGAAGCUGCAAUCACAAGGUAUUGGUGCCAUGAAUGUGAGCAGGCCAUUGAGGAGGCCAUGGUGGAGGAGAUCAAGUGCCCAUUCUGUGAUGGUGGAUUCAUCGAAGAGAUGAUUGGUGAGGAAUUUGAGGGGUUAACAAGCCAGCGGUCAGAGCAGGAUUUGUCACAACGGGGAACGUUGGACAACCCUUCUGAGCAGCCAGGAGCGACGAGGGACAGCGGUGAGGAUGAUGAUGAUAUGGGCCGUGAGUUUGAGGGUUUCAUCAGGAGGCAUCAACGGGCAUCAGCUCUGCGUCGGGUGCUUGACAGCAUCCAAGACGACCUCAGUGCUGACAGGGAAAGAGACAACUCCAUUCUGAUCAAUGCCUUCAACCAGGCCCUCUCUCUGCAAGGCUCGGUGCUUGAUCCCGAUGAGGUCCAAGGUGACCAAGGCGGCUCUAGCAAUGAUGAUGUUUUGCUGGAGGAGUACGUCCUAGGGGCUGGGCUGAGCUUGCUGCUUCAACAUUUGGCUGAGAACGACCCAAACUGGUAUGGUACCCCUCCUGCGAAGAAAGAGGCGGUUGAAGCUCUGCCCACUGUCAAAAUCGAAGAGGUUGUCAGCUGUUCAGUCUGCCUUGAUGAUCUUGAGCUGGGGUCCCAGGCAAAGCAGAUGCCUUGUGAACAUAAGUUCCACUCUCCUUGCAUACUGCCAUGGCUUGAACUCCAUAGUUCCUGCCCUGUUUGCCGGUUUGAGCUACCGUCUGAAGAGACGAAAGAUUUGAACGAGCCUAGCAAUAUGGACAGAACGGAGAGCAUCCAUGAGGAAGUCAGAGCUGAUGAACCUGGGAAUGGCAGUGAGAACAGUAACAGAACUUGGGCCCUUGUUCCCUGGUUCAAUGGGCUAUUUUCGACGCAUGAACUACAAACUGCCAGAGGCGCUUUCACCAAUCAACAGCCACCUCCUGCUCCUGGAACCAACCCGAAUGCAGGGGAAAGUUGAUUUCAUCCACCUUUGUGAAUAAUACAUCUGAGAAUAGCGAUGAAAUGUGUCAGUAGAACACUUUUUUUCCUUACCGAUAAUCCCUCCUGGAUGGAUCGCAAGGUACAAAGUUUGUGACUGCUUUUCCAUAUGAUUUGCCAUGAUUCACUUUUCUUCAGUUCGUUGCUGCUAAGUCAAUUGACAUCCUAUGAAAUCGUUUUCUUUCUU